UGAGAAGAUCAAUCGACGGGAUACUUAUUGUACGACAUACUUUCGCAGGCUCUAGCGGCCGAAGCAAACUCCAAGGAACCACAUCACUGUAAAAGAUUUGGUCACUUUCUCAACCGUACAUUUAUGGUCAGCCCCAUACGACGAAGGUACUAGUGUUUGGCUUUGGUCAAACUACCUGCCAUAUACCUGACUCGUCAGCCCCUGGCUGACAGACAAUUCAUGUUGCAACACUAUAUAUAUUAGUAUAAGGAAGCCGCAAUGGCUGUCGAGGACCUGAACAGGCGUAUCCAGGAGCUGUCACAAUUGCUCCUGGAUAAGGAGCGUGAGCUUGCGGCCAGCCGCACAAGUCAUGCUCUGCUGAAGCAAGAAGAUGAGGCCUUGCGGGCGGAGCUGUCUGCAGCCCGUGAGGAGCUGCGUAAUGAAGCGACAAAAUGCUCUCUCCUGGAGCAGCGGCUAAAGCGUCUUAACGAAGAGCUGCAGCAGGCGCGCCUUGACCUAAACAGCUGCUCCACAGAGCGGGAGUCACUGAAUCGAACCUUGGGACGUGUCCAUGAGCAGCUUACCAGCCUCAAGUCCGAGUCCAACGACCGCGGCCUGCAGCUCACGGAGCUCCAACUCUACUACGACGGCGUCCUGGAAGCCAAGGAGGCCUCCAUACAGAGCCUGCAGUCCCUUCUCGAGAACCAACAGAAGCAGUUCCGCGAGCAACAAGAGCUCUGGGAGGAGCAGCGACGCACCCUAAAGUCCAGCCUGGUCGACCUCUCCGACCGUGUCGCGGCCUCGCAACAACUUGCGGCCGUCGCCGCGGCAGUAAAACCCUCGGCUUCCGCUGCUGCCGAUGCUUCCACCAUCACAGCACUGGCUGAGGCCCGUGCCAAGCUGCUGCAGGCGGAGAAGACGCUGGUAAAGUCCAGCGAGCGCGAACAGCAGCUGCUUGAGCUGCUGAAGCAGCGCGAGCGGCACCUGCUGAAGCUGCAGCAGCACCACCAGCGGCGCCGACAGGAACGCGAUGUGGGUCGGAGCGGAAGUGACGCGCCGGCGCGCGCAUCGGGCCGCAACCACCGAUCGGGCGGCAGGGUGGCAGGUGGCGGUGGCGGAGGAGGCGAUGGAGGUAGUUUGAGUGGGGGGAAUAGCUCUAGUGGCGACACCGCGGCAAGGCUGGAUGUGUCCAGCAGUCCGUCAGGGGGCUCUUCCGGAGCUGGGGGGAGUGGGCGGCGAGGCGAGAGGGAGUGGCUGGUGGUGCAAACGGCCAUGCAGGUGCGCCAUGCAGGACGGGAUGCGCGGGGCGCAGCAGCGUGCGGUGGGGAGGGGCACAUGCAGGGUGCCACAGGGACAUGCUACGAAGGGGACAGGCACACAUGUAAGGAGGAGCGCCGGCGCUGCGAGAAGCUGAAGGGCCGGCUAGCGGAGGCGGAGCGGGAGGGCGAGGAGCUGCGGGCGGAGGUGGCGCGCCUGCGGUCUGAGCUGCUGCGGGAGGGUGUGGGCCACACGCAGCCUGCGGGAGGCAACCUGCAGCUGGCGGACGAGCUGCUGCGGGCGCACCGCAGGAUACAGGACCUCGAGACGCAGCUGCGAAGGGCGCGAGAGAGCGCGAGCAGCGCCGCCGCCGCCGCCGCAGCAGCAGCACUACCACCUGACGCAGCCGCCGCCACCGCACAUGGCAACAGCAGCAGCAGGGCAGCAGCCGCUGGUGGUGGUGGUGGUGGUGGUGGUCCGGGUUUGCUCACCUCCUCGGAGCACCUGGCGCUCGUACGGCAGCGGUUGGUACGACAGCGCCAGGAGUUUGAGCAGUUCCUGGAGCGGGUGGUUGUGGCGGAGGGGUCCCGGCGCGGCAACGGGCUGUUGUGGCUGGCUGAGGACUUGAGGGCGCUGCUGGAGAAGCACCUCACCAAGCUCGACACCAUGGUCUGCAUGUCCACCCUGCCGGAGGGUCGCCGGCUGCUGGGCGGCUCCCACGACGCACUUGCACCCAUCGAUCCAUGCCAACAACAACAGCACCAACAGCAGCAGCAGCAGUUCCAGCACAGCUUGUUCGUGGUUCGAGCCGCCUGGAGCACCCUGCGGCGGGCGCUGGUGAGCCUGCAGGAGGCGGUGGCGGCGGCGCUGGACGUCAGCAGCAACCCCGCGGUGGCGUACCUGCAGGGUGCUGACUUCCUGGCCCGACUAAUGCGCGAGUGGGCGGUGGGCGACAAGGCGGCGCUGGACUCGGCGGUGGAGAGCAGCAUCAGCGCCGGGGUGGCGCUGGUGCAGGAGGCGGUGGCGCGCAUGCAGUCGCACACGGUGGACCUGGGUGUGCUGCGGCAGCAGCUGCGGGAGGCGCAGGAGGAGGUGGCGCAGCUGCGGCUGGCCAACGGCAUGGUGCAGAAGGAGGGCGGCAAGCGACUGGCGGAGACGCGGCAGGAGGUGGAGGAGCUGCAGCAGCAGCUGGACCGCACACGCGCGGAAGCUGCGGCACUGCAGAGGGAGGCGGCUGUGCGCGCAAGCGAGUUGGAGGCUGUGAGGGGUCGUGCGGAGGCGGCGGAGGCGGCUGCUCGGCGCGCCGAGGAGGCUGCGGCGGCGGUUGACUUGGAACGGGCGCGGCUGCGCAAGGUGCUGGCGACAGCGGAGGGAGACAAGGGAUCUGCGGAGGCCGCCGCUCUGUCGCGGGAGGAGGAGCGCGUGCGGCUCAGUCGGGCACUCAGCGACGCGCACGCCACCAUUGCCCUGCUGCAUGACAGGCUGGAUGCGCAGCAGGCGGUUGGGUCCAGCGAGCUGGCUACCCUGAAGACCAAGAUCCGCGAUGUGGUGACCGCCCUGGAGUCGCCCAGCCUGCCGCAGCUGCAUGCCAUGAUGCUGGCGGCGGCCAACGGCGCAGCGGAGGACGCGUACGACAAUGACCCAUACGGCGGUGGCGGCGGAGGCGGAGGGUUCCUGACGGCGGCGGCGACGGGGCGGGGCGGCUCCGCGACGAACACGCCGCGGCGGCAUGGAGGGAGGACGACGGGGCCGCUGUGCGGAGGAGGAGCAGGCGGUGUGCUGUCGGAGGGAGGACUGAAUGUGCUUGCUCUUGGGACAAAGGCGUCUGCAGCAACAGCAACCGGCGGCAGCGUUAACGGCGGCGGCGGGAGCGAUGAUGACCCAUGGGUCGUCAGCGGCAGCCUGGUGGCGGCCCUGGACGCAGCGGGCGCCAGUCUCACGGCCGCCCUGCACCGCGUUGCUCUCCUGGAGGUGGCGCACUUCGAGGCCGAGCAAGGGGUGGCAGAGGUGGAGGCGGUGAGGGACCAUCUGGCUAGCGCCGCGACGGAAAUGGCGGCUGGCAGAAUCUCAUUCGGCGGCGUCCUGCUAAACGAGCUCCUCUCCAUGCUGGGUUGCGCCGCCAGUGGCACCGCGGCAUUCGGCCCGCCCGCCUCCUCCGCGCCACACCAUCAUAAUCAUGCAGAGGCCUUCGCAUCCGCUGCAGCUUUUGCCACAACCGGCAGACCUCGCAGUCGCGGCUCCACGCUGCUCCAUUCCGCCGCCGGUCGCACCCUUUCAGCAGCAGCCGCAGGAGCAGCAGCAGCAGCCCCCUCGGGCUAUGUGCCGUACGGCGGGUGCGGCGGUGGCGGUGGCGGUACGGAGGGCGGGCUGCUGAUUCGGUCGCAGCUGGCUGCGGCUCGGGAUGUGGGUCAGCACCUGACACGUCACCUGAAGAACUGCGAGGGCAUGCUGCUGGCGCUCAAGGCCUCCCUGCCCCAGUGGUUGGAGCUGGCCACCGCCCGGCUGGCCGCCCGCCACCGCACGGAGCUCAGCCGGCUGCGGGGGCUGCUGGGCGGGCAGCUGGCGGGGCUGCGAAGGGACCUGCGGGAGCUGCGGGCGGCGGCGGGGAGCAGCAUGGCGGAGGCGGCGAGGCAGGCGGAGGACUCGAUCAAGCAGGCGCAGCUGGCGUCUAGCGCUGCUGAUCGCGACCGAGCGGAGGCCGCCCGCCACCUGACCCUGCUGCAACGCGACCUAACAGUUGCCGUACAGCAAAUGCUGCCAGCUGACGUCACCGCAGCCGCUGCUGCUGCUGGCGUCGGUGUUGGCGGCAAUGACGAGGCCACAGCGCCACAGCAGCAGGGCUUGGCAUCAUCCGUCCUGGCGGCAGCUCGGAUGGUUUCGGAGCUGAGGGCGGGUCUGGAGCGGCUGCGGCGAGACAUGGCGGUCGUGGUUUCGGAGCGGGAUGCGGCUCGUACGGCAGCUGAGGCGGCCGCGACCCACGGGUCCCUGCUGGUGCGCAGUGUGGCGGAGGUGGCGCCGCUGCCGCAGCCGCUGCUGCAUGCACUGCUGUCCCCCUCCUGCUCCGACCCCUCCGCCUCCCCGCUGUGGACCGCCCAGCUGCGCGACUUUCUGGCGGCGCACGUGGCGGGCGCGCAGGCGGCCACGGCGGAGGCGCUGGCGGCGGGCGAGGUGGCGCCGCUGCGGGGCGAGCUGGCUCGCAUGGCAGGGGAGCUGCGGGCGGCCAAGACACGGGUGGCGGAGCUGCAGUCCCAGGCCGCCCGCUUCCUGGCGGACAGCAACUCGGCACUGGAGUCGUGUCGGCGAGCCGCGGGGGAGGCGGCGGCAGCGGUGCUGGAGAAGGUCAUGGCGGGCGUGCGGGAGGAGGUGGCGGCGGUGAGGAGCACGGUUUCGGAGCUGCAAGAGGACAGCGGCCAGGCGCUGCGUGCGGUGCAUGCGGCGUGGGGCGCGCAGCUGGAGGCGGUGCGGGGCGGCGGAACGGCGGCGGUGGCGGCGCUGGAGGAGGUGGUGGGGGCGCUGCAGGUGCAGCUGGGGGCGGAGGCGGACGCGGUGGAUACAGCCAGGGCGGAGGCGGAGGCGGUGACCAGGGAGGCCGCUGAGCGCUCCGCCGCCGAGUCGGCUCGCAGCCAGCAGUUGACGGACGAUCUGGCGGCCGUACGGCAGCGGUUGGGGCAGUUGGAGGAGGCGGAGGCGGCGCUGGAGGGCGAGAACCGGGGUCUGCGGAGGGCGCUGCGGCAGCGAGAUGCCAUGGUGAUGGGGCUACUGCAUGAGGGAGGG